CUCCACGCUGGGCCUCGGGAGUGACGUGGAGAUGGAGCUGCGGACUUUUCAGCUGCCGGUGGAUUACAGGGAGGUGAAGCAGAGAGUCAUGAGAAUCUGGGAAGAUCUUCAACCACAACUUGCCGUGCACGUGGGCUUGGACUCCGCCGCCAAGGCCGUGGUUCUCGAACAGUGCGGCAAGAACCGCGGGUAUCGCGAGGCCGACGUCCGGGGCUUCCGGCCGGAGCAGGGCACGUGCCUUCCGGGUGGCCCGGAAGUGCUGGAGUCUCGGGUCAGCAUGAAGGCGGUCAGCAGGCGUGUGGCGGUGGAGGGCGUGGAGGUGGCAUUUUCCCGAGAUGCGGGCAGGUACGUCUGCGAUUACACCUACUACCUGUCUCUGCAUCAUGGAAAUGGGUGCGCGGCACUCAUCCACGUCCCUCCAUUAUCGCCGCGGCUCCCCGCCAGCCUGCUGGGAAAAGCGCUGCGAGCCAUCAUCCAGGAGAUGCUGGAGGAGGGCGAGGAAGCCCCAGCUCUAAGCCCGGGUCACAGAAACGUCUGCCUCAGUGGUUCCAGCCCCCGAGAAGCAACUGGAGAACUGCUCCUUUAGAGCAAAUCAAACGUUUCAGUCCUGUGUUGUGAAGCGUUCAACUGGGGUUUGAAAAAAAUUGCUUGUAAAACAGUUUACACAGAGGGGAAAAAAGGGAAUUAGCCCAGUGAAAUCACAGCAUCAUUUUAUUGUCAGAAGGCAGGAGGACACUCUGAAAGGCAGGCAUGUUAUACGGGA